AUGGAUUCGGACCCCAAGUUCUUGCACAUUCCAUACAACAAGCGAUGGGAGUACUUGAAGGAGACCAUCAUCCAGCUAUACACUGAGGGCAACAGCGUGGACCAAGUAGCCUCCAGAAUGAAGUCAGAGUAUUCUUUUGAUGCUUUGCCGAGUGCCUACAAGUACCAGUUCAAAAAAUGGGGCAUCAAGAAAAGCACUUCUUCCAAGGUCAAGGCCCAGGCCGUCAAGGUGCAAUUGAAGAGGAAGAGAGAUGCAAGUACUUCUGACCUCACCGUCGUCGAAGGCGGACGUGAGAAGUCGCUGGAUAAGAAGAAACUAAAGCGCUUUCUCCAAGACGACCUCAGACGUCGCCAUGAGCCCACACUGGCAGGCGGCAUCUUCUUGCGCAUGAAUCUUCCAUACAACGCCCUUGUUGCUAAUUUCAUCCACCCAGGCGGUCCACCAUCACCAUUUGCUUCCGUCUCUCAUCACAACUCUCCGGCAAACAUCAUAGUCAACAGCCCCGACAGCCAUCGCACCCCUUCUUCUCAGCCAGUUGAACCUUCGCCAACGACCCAGCUGAUACGAGAUAAAGCCCAUCUGGAAAGAGCAGACCUCUUCAUCCAAGGGCAGUACCAGGAGUUGCUGCUCCAACUAGGUCGGGAAGAGCGCAAAGGUCCUGAAACCUGGACUCCUGGCCAAAUUGCUGCAAAGACCCUUGGUUCACUCGCGUGGGAAGACUCGGCUGCUACUGCCGGUGACGCAUCAACACCCAGAGCUUCUCGCAUCGCAGUCGAUCCACCAUCCCAGCUCUGUCGAUGGAGUAUUCACUACCACAGUGACAUGAAAUAUGAGUCUGUGCCGUCACCGCCGCCUGAGAAUCACAACGAGCAGGACAUUGAGGAUGAGUCAACAUGGUUACCAUGGGAUGCUUCCCGUCACCACCUCACACCUACAGACACAAUGAGAUCGGUGCUCUCAGACAACAGUUUCUCACGCAUCGACGAGCACGACGUCCCGCUAUCCACAUCAUCGAUAACGGGUGCGGUAAAUCGUUCUCAAGACCAGAUCGAGGUAGACUCGUGGGGAUUUGCCAUCAUGGCAAGGAAUCUGGGAUCUUUGCGUGCUUUAGAAGGAAAGGAUAAAGAGGCGGUGCCUCCCCAUCAGUUGAAGCAUAUACACCCUUUUCACCUUGCUGCCUCACACUUGGAUGGAGCCCACAACUGCUGCUUGAUCCUCAAUCACCUUAUGGCCUCUCUCUGGGGGGAAUUCAGCUUGAGGAGGAAUUUUACGAACGGUCUUGGGCAUACAGUCCUGGACUCACUCAUGAUCAACAUACUCCGGUCGCACACCUCGGUUAGCCCAAGAGAGGUAUGUCAAGGCUUCGAGAAGCAGAACCGGUUCCCAGGGGAAGAGGUGGACAUCUGCGGUCGAUGGGACGCUGAUUCGAGGUGCAUCCGACAACUCUACGCUUCGGGCAGAUGCACGAUUCCGUUCGAAUGGAAGCACCCCUACUGUCACACGUCAGUUCAGGCAAUUUGUCAUUCAAUCGUCACCUUAUUCAUGGCAGACCUCGCUCCCGACAUCAAUCUCCCCAGUGGUUUAUUCUCAAAGCGUUGUGGCUGCUGCGGCAAGAACCUUCAGCUCUUUCCACUCCAUACCCUAGUUAUGGUAGCAUUCUAUCUAGGAGACCGUGGAGCCCCGGGGGAGACCAUGUUUGGCGCAAUUGCAACUUUGAGCUGCAUGCUCGCCAACUACGCAAACCCUACCAUGGCUGCUGACAUAUCUGUUUCUGAGCUAUUUGGGACUGAUACGGGCGAGGAAUGCACACAUAGCUCCGUCACGCCUUCAGAGCUUGCCUCACUUGUGCCAAAUGAAGUGGUCGAAUCCUGGGCGCGUGACCGGCAACGUGGCUGGAGAGCAUUUAUUGCUGUAUUGGACUUUGCCAUUUCAGAGUGGGAUGAAGGCGAUGAUGACGGCCCACUAUCUAAAAGCCAAGGCCUUGGAGUUCUCUGGGCAGCCUCACAGACCGAGAUGCUGACCUAUCGUCGAAUCGAGACGAUUGACCCCUGGGUUUCUGGUAGAUUUGAUAUCCAGCAGUUAUUGCAAGGCCUCGACGAUGGACUAGGGCCAACCAACAUCCCGCUCUACUGGGACGGCUUAAUGUCGAAUUUUGGCUCUGAGGGUUGGUUCAACAACAUGGAGUUCUAUCCGGCCGCCCAAGACGUGUGCACGAGCUACUUUAUGAACUUGGAGGACUGGGGCCGUACAACCUUUAUUGAUGCUCCUAUGGCAAUAUGA